UCAGCAGGGACUGGUCUGCUGGUUCAUUUCCCAAGCUCUUUUGCCACUGACUAGAGCACGGUGUGUAUCUUGGAUUGCUGGAAUCAUGAACUGCUUAGAGGGUGUCCUUCUCUUCUGGACUGUCCUUGUGUUGGGGAAAGGGAAAGAUGCUCUUUUGGAGAAGCCCCCUGAAGUUGGAUUUCAAGAAUGCAGGAAAGCCUUAAACCUCCCAGUUUUGGAAGUAUUACCUGGUGGGGGCUGGGAUAAUCUGAGGAAUGUGGACAUGGGAAGGGUGCUGCUCUUACAAUACAACAAUUGUCAGACCACAGAAGAUGGACAGUACAUCAUCCCUGAUGAGGUCUUGACAAUCCCUCGGAAGCAGAGCAACUUGGAGAUGAAUUCUGAAAUCAUCGAGUCCUGGAUGAAUUAUCAAAGUACCACCUCCUCCUCCAUCAAUACGGAGGUCUCCCUCUUCUCCAUGGCCAAUGGCAAGUUCUCCAUUGAGUUUCAGAAGAUGAAGACCCAUCAGGUGAAGGAACAAGCUGUGACCACCAGGGUCCAGGUGAGAAACCUGGUCUAUACAGCCAAAGUCAAUCCUAUUUCACUGCUAAGCAAAGAAUUCAAGAAAGAGCUAAUGGCUAUCUCUGACAGACUGGAGAAUAAUCAGACUCGAAUGGCUAACUUCAUGGCUGAACUCCUGGUCCUCAGCUAUGGAACUCAUGUCGUCACCAGUGUGGAUGCUGGAGCAAUCUUAGUACAGGAGGAUCAGAUCAGGGCUUCCUUCUUAGAUGACAGCCAGACUACCCGCAGCAGCAUUACAGCAUCUGCUGCGGUGGCAUUCCACAAUAUCAUCAAUUUCAAGAUAGAAGAUAAUCAUACCUCCCAGGAUGGCUUCCACAAGCACUAUCUUUCCAACAGAACCAACUCUAGGGUUGUAAGCAUUGGCGGGGUCUCUUUUUACCCAGGCAUCACCCUUGAGGUCUGGCAAAAGGGUAUCACCAACCACUUGGUAGCAAUAGACCGUUCUGGUUUGCCCCUGUAUUUCUUCAUCAACUCUGACACUUUGCCUGAUUUGCCAGCCCCCUUGGUGAAGAAACUAUCCAAAACCGUGGAAGCUGCAGUGAAGCGUUAUUACACCUUCAACACCUAUCCUGGUUGCACUAACAGAGAUUCCCCCAACUUCAAUUUCCAAGCCAAUACAGAUGAUGGAUCAUGUGAGGGGAAAAUGACCAAUUUCACCUUUGGGGGAGUUUAUCAGGAGUGUACCCAGAUCUCAGGGAUGGAGGCCAUGCUUCUCUGCCCAGAACUAGAGCAGAAGAAUCCCCUCACUGGAGGGUUCUCCUGCCCAGAAAGUUACUCCCCAGUCCUAUUACAUUCCCAUUUUAGAGAAGAAGGCUACAACCUCCUGGAAUGCCACCGAAAGUGCAGCCUGUGGGUUUUCUGUAAGAAAGAAUGUGAGGAUGUGUUCCGAGUGGCAAAGGCUGAAUUCAGAGCUUUCUGGUGUGUGGCAAAUGGCCAGGUCCCCGAGAAUUCAGGCUUCCUUUUUGGUGGUCUCUUUAGUGGCAGGACCAUCAAUCCUGUGACCAAUGCCCAGUCAUGCCCAGCUGGCUAUUUGCCACUGAGGCUCUUAGAUGGCCUCCAUGUUUGCACCAGCCAAGACUAUGAGCUGGGGUACAGGUUCUCUGUGCCCUUUGGUGGUUUCUUCAGCUGCGAUAUGGGGAAUCCUUUGGUGAACUUAUCUCAUCCCAGGAAUCAAGGUGGACCUUAUCUGAAAAAGUGCCCACCGGGUUUCAGCCAACACCUGGCUUUGAUCAGUGAUGGCUGCCAAGUAUCCUACUGUGUCAAAGCCGGUCUUUUUACUGGGGGCUCUCUGCCUCCUGCAAGGCUGCCUCCCUUCUCCCGGCCACCUCUUAUGAGUCAGGCUGCCACCAAUACUGUGAUGGUUAUCAGCAGUGAGAGUGAGAAGUCCUGGAUCAAGGAUUCCAGCACCAAUUUGUGGAAGUUGGCAGAUCCCUCUGAGGUCCGCAGGACCAUAACGCUCAUCCACGAAUCUGGCAGUGGUUUAUCGGGUGGGGCAACAGCUGGAAUCACAGCUGGUGUGACUGUUGUCUUGGCAGCCCUGAUCACCCUGGCCAUCUAUGGCAGUCGUAGGUAUAAGAAAAGGGAGUAUGAAGAAGUGGGAAAUGAGAGUAGAAGUUUGAUAGAGGCUACUGCUGAAUAUGGGGCAUCAAGGGAAGUGGGGGGCACAAGUGAGCUAAGCCAGGAGCAGUGUCCUUCACAGGUUUAAAUUUCUGCUUGGGAAUCAUUUCACCUGAUCCCUGUUCAGAGCUCUAAAUUUCUUCUUUAUCCUGACUUCUCCUCUCCCAUUCUAGUUUCUUUGCUGCUCUUGCUGUCUCAGGGAUUAAGAAAGCAAACAGCAAAUAUGCCUGGGGACCUUCUCUUCUCUACUUGGGGGUUGGGAAAAGGGAGGAAUUACUUGGUCCACUUAAUCUCUCUGGGCCUCCGUUUCCUCCUGGUUGAGAUGGAGAGGUGAGGGUUGGACUACAGUAUCAUCUAGGUUCUAAUUUCUAAGGUCUCCCCAAAUGCUAUGAGUAACAUUUUAUGGUUUGUCUUCUUUUAGCUCAAAUAAAGAACAAAGAUGGGAAAAGGA